AUUAGUAUCACAUUCAAUUGGAGUCUAAAGAUGAUGGUGAUACAAUCGGAAUAUUUGAAAAUCGAUGAAGCCCUGGACAUCUGCUCCGCGAUGGAGGAUGAUCUUAACGAGUGUCUGGACAUGGUGAUGGCCAUGGACCAGAAGUACAAUGAACCAGGGCGCUACGUUAUAUCCAUGAAGCCCUUUACCAAGGACUAUCCGUUGGUCUGCCGCAAGUCUACGGAUAUGGAUACGACCUCCCAACACAGUUUCGACUCGGAACUGGAGAUGCUGAGCCAACUUUACGGAGCCAGAAGUGCCCAUGAACUGGACGAGUCCUAUGUGGAUGUUCGCUAUAAGUUUAUCAAGCUAAAGCGCGAUUUCGAGGCCCUUUUGACCCAUUGCCAGAGGAUCGUCGACUGCGCAGAACGCCAGGAAAGAGUCUGUCACCGAAUGCUGAAGAAUUCGCGUAGCCGCAAGUAUAGGUUGUGCAGACACUAGGAAUGCAAAUUCCUGCCAGCUAUUCCAUCAAACUUUUGGGGAGCGUGUCCAACUUGGGGUGGAGAUGUGGGGGUGACCAACUUUCUAAAACUCAUUUGGCCCGACAUGAAAAUGAGGCAAAGUUUUUUUCAUCAGAGUCUCAGUUUUUCUUGUGUCUCUGCCUCGCGACUCACAACUUUUCCCUGAUGUUCAGCAGGAGGACGACUAUGAUGAUGAUGAUGAUGGCAGGACAGUAACAAGUCAGCUGCAUGUUUAUGAGCACGACAAUGGGUAAAUACAAAUACGGACAUGCGAGAGAAUAUGUUGGGGAAACAUGAGAAAUUGCCAGCGAAAAACUUGAGAUAAUGUAAUGCAAAAAUGGCCCAGGACCAGACGCAACUUUUCCAUAACGCUUUGCCAACUUGGCUCCGUGCUUGUGUAACGUAAUAUUUGUGAGCAUUAUUUUAUGUUUUUGUUUUAUUUUUAUUUUUGCCUCUUGAAAGGGGAAUCCCCGCACUUCGUUAGGGGAACAAGUGGCUGGGAC